GUUCACUUUUUUAAAAAGCCGCGUUUGGUGUUCAAAUUGAAACCACGGCUCCUUUCUUCCUUUCGCUUCACACUCACUGUUUCUCUUCAGGCUUCCUUAUUAGUACAACCUUCUGUCUUUGUCUGUCUCUGUGUUUCUCUGUUUCAUCUGUAUCACUCGGCUCAAAACCUAGGUUUCCGGCAGGAAUCCGGGCAGAAGAUCGAUUCUUUACCUGGGCUUUGGUCGAGUAAUGAGUUCAUCGUCGCCGAUGUCGUUUGAUCAGCUGAAAACGCCGAUUACAGAGCCGACCCAACCCUACAAGAAAAGCUUCAUCACCUCUCUAAUGGCAGCGGCCGCUCUCCGCUCCCAUUCAUACAAGGAAGACGCUUACUUCGUCUCCGACCUCAAACCCUCGGAACAAAAAGCCCUUCAAGAUAUCAAGGACAAGCUCACGGCCUCGUACGGAUCCGAGGAAGACCGGACCAGAUGCUCGAUGUGGGGGGUUCCACUCCUCGGAGGCGACGACAGGGCUGACGUCAUCCUGCUCAAGUUCCUCAGGGCAAGGGAUUUCAAAGUCGGGGAAGCCCUGGGGAUGCUGGGGAAGUGCCUGGAGUGGAGGGAGGAGUUCAAAGCCGACGACAUGACAGAAGAGGAACUGGGUUUCAAGGAAUUGGAAGACACGGUGGCUUACAUGCAUGGUUACGACAAGGAAGGGCACCCUGUGUGCUACAACGCGUACGGAGUGUUCAAAGACAGGGAGAUGUACGAGAAGGUGUUCGGCGAUGAGGAGAAGCUGAAGAAGUUCCUGAGAUGGAGGGUCCAGGUGCUGGAGAGAGGAGUGAAGAUGCUGCAUUUCAAGCCGGGCGGAGUCAAUUCCAUCAUCCAGGUGACGGAUCUGAAGGAUAUGCCCAAACGCGAGCUCAGAGUCGCUUCCAAUCAGAUUAUGUCUCUCUUUCAGGACAAUUACCCUGAGAUGGUUGCAAGAAAGAUAUUCAUCAACGUGCCGUGGUAUUUCAGCGUACUGUACUCCAUGUUCAGCCCGUUCCUCACUCAGAGAACCAAGAGCAAGUUCGUCAUCUCCAAAGAAGGAAGCGCCCCCGAAACACUCUACAAGUUCAUCCGGCCAGAGGAUAUCCCAAUGCAAUACGGCGGCCUGAGCCGACCCAGUGACCUGCAGGACGGACCCCCCAAACCCGCCUCAGAAUUCUCGAUCAAGGGCGGCGAGAAAGUCAACAUCCAGAUAGAGGGCAUCGAGGGAGGUGCGACCAUAACGUGGGAGAUAGUGGUGGGAGGAUGGGAGUUGGAUUACAGCGCAGAGUUCGUACCGAACGCUCAAGAAAGCUACGGCUUAGUCGUGGAGAAGCAGAGGAAGAUGAUCCAUUCAGAAGAAGCGGUUCGGAACUCUUUCACCACCCGAGAAGCCGGAAAACUCAUUCUCUCCAUCGACAACACUCUGUCCCGCAAGAAGAAAGUCGCCGCUUAUCGUUACUCCGUCCGGAAAUCCGCUACCUCCGGCUAACUCUCCGGCACUAGUUUUUCUUUUUUCUUUUUUUUUUGGAGUAGAGGAGUGUUUUUGGUCAACGAUUAUGGUUGAUUGGAAUGUGGUUUGGACACAAGAACAGUUUUUUUUAAGGUAAUAGGAGGAGGAGAAGAACCCUGUUCGUGUGUGUGAUGUUGUCGUUACGAUUGGCUAAUCAUGCAGUUAUGGAUGUCAUGUAUGGCA